AGUCAGGGUUGGUCUGACGGUCGGUUGUUGGUUGGUUGGUUGGUUGGUUGGUAGUGUUGUCAAAGCGCGGGAACGACAGGGUUUCAGUUCGGCAGAAGCUUGCGGCCAAGUGGUGGCAGUGAUUGGAAUAUCAGCGUGAAUACUGUGCUGGUAAUAAAUCCCGUAGUGUUAGCUAUUGAAGAUAAGCGAACUAAUUUCAAGUUUUUCAUCUUGCGAUGCCACUUCGUAAAAUUAAGGAAAGUGCUCCAUCUAAGGAAGUUGACAAUGCAGAUCAAGACCCAGUAGCAACAAAUGGUGAUGUCUCAGAAGGGAGGUCUUUAAGAGUCCGAAAACCAGUUGCGUAUUAUGAAGUUUCUUCAACAGAUAAAAAGGGUGAGGAUUUGGACAAGAAGAUUGUCAAGGACGGAAAAAAAGGAAAAAUCCGAGGGAAGAGAAACAAACCGUUGAAAGAGAUACCCGGAACUAGCAAAGAAGGUUCUCAGGAAAAUUCCGAUGAGCCCGACACAUCGCAGAAAUUGCCCCGAAAAACAUUUGUUAUAAGUAAAACGUCGAAAGAGGUUUCUUUAAAUGAAACGUUCGCUGUGAGUAGUAAGGCCGCCACGGGGAAAGGAAAGGUGAAUAAAAGAAAUGCAGAACCAGAUACUGUAAAGGAGGAGGAUCAACCGGAAGUAAAGAAAACUAAAGAUAAGAGUGAAAUGUUGAACAAAACUUCUACCGAUUAUUCUAAAGUAGUUUUCAGCAGUGACAAAACAACUGCCAGUGGGGAAAAGUGGAAUUUGAAGAUUUCGUCAUGGAAUGUUGAUGGAUUGAGAGCAUGGCUUAAGAAGGAUGGGGCAAAAUUCCUUGAAUUAGAAAAUCCUGACAUAUUAUGUUUACAAGAAACAAAGUGUCCAGAGGAGAAGAUACCACCUGAAGCUAAAUUUGAAGGAUACCAUGCCUACUGGAGUUCAGCGGAAAAGGACGGAUAUUCGGGUGUGGCACUUUUUUCUAAACAGGAACCUCUUAAUGUCAAAUACGGUAUGGAUGUCAAAGAGCAUGACACUGAAGGCAGAUUAAUUACUGCCGAAUAUGAGAAAUUUUAUCUUGUCACAACAUAUGUUCCAAACUCUGGAAAAGGCCUUGUGACUUUACCGAAACGUUUGUCAUGGAAUGAUGCCUUUCUAAAAUACGUGAAUGAUUUGGAUGCUCUGAAACCAGUAAUAAUUUGUGGUGAUAUGAAUGUCUCGCAUCAAGAAAUUGACAUAGCUAAUCCUAAAUCAAAUACAAAGAAUGCUGGUUUUACGAAAGAAGAGAGAGCCGGAAUGACUAAAUUUCUUGCUCAAGGUUUUAUUGAUACAUUUCGUCACUUUUAUCCUGAUGAGUCUGGUGCAUAUACGUUUUGGACUUAUAUGAAAGCAGCUCGUUCUCGUAACAUUGGUUGGCGGUUGGACUAUUUUAUUGUAUCUCGAAGAAUAAUCGAUCAAGUCUGUGAUAGUGUCAUUCGUAAUCAGGUACUUGGCAGUGACCAUUGCCCUAUUACUUUGUUGUUUCACAAUAAAUAAGUUUUGAAAGGAUGUUCUUAAAUCAAUUUGUAAUUCGUUAAUCUCAGUUUUAAUAAAAAUGUUUCUGAAUUCUCGUUA